CUGCGUCAAGUGUGACAGAGAAAGUCGUGAUUUUGUCUUCAAAAUAAAACGCACACCAUUCUUGUGGUACGUAAAUGUGCUUUUAUUUUGAAGGCUGUAGACUGAAGUACUUGCCUACUGUGUGUGGCUUGACACUGGUGCAAGAUGUCGCUCAUUCUUUCUGGACCGAAGCUGAGACCCAAAUGCGCAUCGCUGACCGACGCAUCUUCUUAAAAAAAAAAAAAAAAGAGCCAGCUGCUGCUCUCCCUGAAAACGGCAUGUGACAUGUAGCAAGGAGCAACCAAGGGGUUUUAUUCUGAAAGGAACACACAUGGGAGAUGUGACCAAAUGUUUGGAGGAGGCAGGAUUUGACAGUGUAUCAAAAUUGGUGUGAAACCGAGUACCAAACCUAUCCAGAAUAGCAGUCAAAUGCAAAGGGAUUUUUGUUGUCAAGCAAGUAAACUAACAGAUGUGGUAAAAAUGGAAAUGACUGUCAACAUCUGUCUCCAAAUCCUAUCGAGCUGAAGGUGGAGCAGGAUUUUCGGUGGGGCUCUCUGUGAGGCUUUUGCUGUGUUCUGCAACCGCAUCGAGGAGGAUGGUCUUUGCCCUACAUGUGAUUGUCAUGUCUUCGGCGUUUUUCAAUCCCAGCUUUGCCUUCAGCUCCCACUUUGAUACAGAUGGGGCUCCGCUGAGCGAGCUGUCGUGGCCUUCAUCUCUGGCGGUGGUCGCUGUCUCCUUCUCCGGCCUCUUCACCUUCGUCUUCCUCAUGCUGGCCUGCCUCUGCUGCAAGAAGGGCGACAUCGGCUUCAAGGAGUUUGAAAACACUGAGGGAGAGGAGUACCAGGCAGAUCUCUCCGCCCUGGCCUCGCCUUCCUCCCAGAAUGGCCCCGAGGUCUACAUCCUUCCCCUCACUGAGGUCUCCCUGCCGGUGUCCAAACAGCCCGGCAGAUCCAUCCAGCUGCUGAAAUCGUCAGACCUCGGCCGCCAUAGUCUGCUCUAUCUAAAGGAGAUUGGACAUGGCUGGUUUGGCAAGGUCCUGCUGGGCGAGGUCAACGCGGGCCUCAGCACCACCCAGGUGGUGGUAAAGGAGCUGAAGGCCAGUGCCAGUGUCCAGGAUCAGAUGCAAUUCCUGGAGGAGGUGCAGCCAUACCGAACCCUCCAGCACCCGGCCCUCCUGCAGUGCCUGGCCCAGUGCUCAGAGGUCACUCCUUAUCUGCUGGUCAUGGAGUUUUGCCCUCUGGGCGAUCUGAAGAGCUAUCUGCGCAGUUGUCGGGUGGCUGACUCCGAGACCCCUGACCCUUUGAUCCUCCAGCGAAUGGCGUGCGACAUUGCCUCAGGGCUUCUGCAACUCCACAAAUAUAACUUCAUACACAGUGACCUGGCCUUGCGAAACUGCCUGCUAACUUCAGAAAUGUCAGUUAAGAUCGGAGACUAUGGCCUUUCUCACAGCCGAUACAAGGAUGAUUAUUAUGUUACACAAGACCAGAUUUGGGUGCCCCUGCGCUGGAUUGCACCAGAGCUCAUAGACGAGGUCCACGGAAACCUGCUGGUGGUUGACCAAACAAAAUCCAGCAACAUAUGGUCAUUGGGGGUGACUGUGUGGGAGUUGUUCGAGCUGGGAAACCAGCCGUACAGACACUACUCUGACAGACAGGUGCUGACAUAUGCUGUGAAGGAACAGCAGCUCAAGCUACCCAAACCGCUGCUCCAAUUCCCCCUGGCUGAGCGCUGGUACGAGGUGAUGCAGUUCUGCUGGCUGCAGCCGGAGCUGAGACCCAGCAGUGAGGAAGUCCACCUUCUGGUCACGUACUUGUGUGCCAAAGGCUCCAGCGAGGCCGAGGAAGACUUUGAACAACGCUGGAACGCCUUGAGACCCAACCUGCUCGGCAGCACCUCCCACACAGCCACAUCCAUGACCCUAGUCCUGACCCCUACGCCCGCCUCAGCUGACGUCCCCAGUCCAGACCAAACUCAGGCAGUGGAGCUGGCCUCCUCCGCCUCGUCCUCUUUCCCCCUCCUGGAGCACUUCUCUGACAGCUUCCACUCUGACACCGGGGACGACCUGCUGACCGUCACGGAGACCAGCCACGGUCUCAACUUUGAGUACAAGUGGGAGCAGGCCCGAGCCGAGCAGCCCUACUGCUCCUCCUCCACCAGUGGGCAGCUGGGCCAGGGGAACCCAUAUUACCAGGAUAUCUACUAUUCAAGUAAAGGAAGCACCUCAGGGGGCUGCAAGACUGACAGUCUGACCUCAGGCAUAUCCCCGUCCUAUUAUGAACCCGAACACCCGGGCGUGGUCCCAGUGCUGAGCGCCCACAGCCCCUCGGUCAGCAGCGAGUACUACAUUCGCAUAGAGGAACCAGUAGAGUGUAACAUUAACCUGGAUGACAGCGUGGUGGACUACAGCCCAGGACUGGAGGCCAGCAGCAGAAGGUUGUCCUCUGACAGUCGGACUGGUUCCUCCAUGGCACAACCCAGUGCUUACUGGUCAACUGAGAACAACAGAUCUACUGCCUAUGACUCCGAUUCAAGCCCCACUGUCCAACUCACCAUGGAGCCACUGCUGAAACAGUCAUCCAGCACCAGCCCUGUAAAGCUCAGCCACUCGCACAACUGCUUCUCGUCCAGUCAAGACGACUACUGUGAAUCAGCAUACAAGGCACGCCAAUCCUGUCUGUCUGUACCGGAUACGUCGCCGGAGUCAAACCUCAUCCUUCCAGCGGGGCGUUUAGAAAACCCACGCAGUUUGUCACAAGCAGUCAGCAGCCCCAGCUUAGGGUUCUGCGAUCCCUACCUUGAAGCGAGCACAGGUCGGAGCACGGUUAGUGAAAGCUGCCAAAGUAUGAUGGGUCCCCUCAGAAAGACACUACCCAUUGUUAACCACAUUAGCAUCGACGUAGGGACCGACGACGGCCUGCUGGUGGGCCAGCAGCGAGGUGACGACGUUGAGGAUGACCUUUUCUCUGAGGGAGAGGCCACAAACUGGACCUCAAACCAUUCGGCAAACAAUAAUAGCCUGAGCUUUGACGGCAGGCAGACAGGAAGUGGGCAUGACAGCUACCUGGACCUUCAAUAUACUGCUCUCUCUAACACAACAGAAUUAUGGUCUUUAACCAAGGCCACCACCAGAACCUUCCACAGCUCCAGGUCUUGUGGCACCUUGGAUGCAGAAGGAGGUUGUAACGCUGCUAACAAGCCCACUGAAUUAGAUUCAUACAUUCACUUAUGUCACAAAGAAGGAGAGGAAGCUGCCACUCAAGCGGAAAGGAGCUUAACUGCAGAAAAUCUAAGAAGUAUUGAUUCUCUUACCAGCUCAAGUAUUAGUGCCAGAGGUACAGAGGGUCGACAAAUGGAGGGUAAAUAUGAAAAGCAGUUGUUGCUUAAUGGAGAGAGACUGUACUCUGAGCCUAAGAUGAUACCCGAGGCCAGCUAUAUAAAGUCCCCGUCUUUCAACGAGCCUCAGACUGGACAAACUGGAGCCUUGUCGGACAAGCAGCGAGGCAACAUGUGGGAGGGGGUUUCAAUCUCUGUUGGUCUGGGAGACAAGAGGCUGAACUAUCCAGAGACGUCGGAAAGCAGCAGAGCGUUGGACAGCGGUGUGGGGGUCAGAGACUCCAGCCUGGUUGAACUUGGCGACUUUAGCGAGGAUGACGACGAUGACCUCACAGAUAUUACGUCGGGGAUCUUUGCCGACUUCAACCUGGACUACGCCGAGGUAGAGGAGGAAGAGCUAAGCCCGUCGAAUCAUCCAGAGAGAACUCCUGACUCCGUAGACACCCUUAACCUGUCCUCAUCGAUGGCAAGCAACAGCGAUCAGGCAUUCAGCCCCGAUCCCUUCAACACCCCCGUCCUGCCCAAAUCCCUGGACAGUGGCUACGACACAGAGAACAACGAAUCACCAGAGUUUUUCUUCAAAGAGCUUGGAGAUCCCCGGGGUGGUGAACGGAGCUUGGGUGGAGAACCUGAACUAGUCCUGCAGGUGGGUUUGGGCCAAGGGGUCUGCAUAUCCACAAACACCUCAGAGCUACAGCUAAAGGGCCUGACUGAUAAGAACCCAUACAGGGACUCGGCUUAUUUCUCCGACUAUGAUGCUGAAAAUGAGAGGAGCCCUCAAGAGGAAGGCAGCAAGUUCUUUGCAGGUCCAAGUAACCGCGACUUUCCUGCUGAGAAAUCAAGCUCAAUCAGAGUUGAUGAUCUCGUCAAAAGGCAAUUCAACGAGGAACAUUUAACAAAUCUGAGACACGUUAAAAGUUGUGUUUUGGUGAAUCUCUCAGAGGCUGAGCCUAGUUCACACCAUCCCCUACCCACCCCUGGGUUGUCCAUGCUUUCGCCGUUUCCUCCGCAGAUGGGCGGCUGCCUGACUAAAGAGGCAGCCCCUGCAGAUGACGACCUUGGGCUGGAGACGGAGCACUCAGGAGAGGAACCUCCCUCAGAGCUUGGCUCCUCCAUCGGGUCCGAAGCCUCUACCGCUGUCCAGCAGGCCUCAGGAAACCACGAGGAGGGGAACAGAAGAGCAGACAAAUGUUCCCCUGUCCAGUCUUUCCACUCUGACUCCACCUUAACGGACUACAGAGACGAGGCCCCCAGCGAAAAUGAAAAUGAAAAUGUAUCCACAGAGGAGGAAAUGCCCGAAUUCAAUCACGUCAAGGAAGAGACGGAGGACAGAAGGGAGAUUGUGAGAAUAAACGAGGAAGAUUUCGAGGACAUAGACGCAGGGGAAUGUGACUCACAGGACAGCUUAUGCGAAGAAUCCAACGGCCCCGUCGACCUCUCCUCUUCCUCGUCGCUGUUGGAGCUGUGCGGAGAAGACGUGAGAGCUCCGCUGGAGGAGGCGGAGGAUGAAGACGAUUCAGAUGACAGCGAGUCUGAUGAAGAGCUGAGGACAUAUAACAUCCAAGAUGAAGACAGUGAGGAGAGCGAGGAGGAUGUCAGCACAGUGCCAGUGGUGGUAAGCGAUUGCAGCAGGGCGAGACACCUCCGCAGCCUCCUGAAGAUGCCCACGCUGCUCACCCAGUCCUUCUGUGACGAGUUGGAGAGGAAGAAAAAAGCGGUGUCCUUUUUUGACGAUGUUACGGUGUUCCUUUUUGACCAGGAGAGCCCCACGGGAGAGCUGGCAGACUUCGCCUUCUCCACAGGAACAGAGUCCAGUGAGCAGGAAUCUCCAGAGGAAAAAAACACUGACCACCAGCUGCAAGCUGACCCUGAACUCGAAGCUCAGUCCUGUGAAUCAUUCUGUGGUUCUGAAGAAACAGAUGGGAACAACUCAGAAGAGGGAGGGGGUUAUGAAUGGGAAGAUGACCUCUCGUUCGAGCCCCGCCCGUCCUCACCCGACACCAUCCCUGAGCCCAAGGCCUCACCCACAUCCACCUCCAACAGUCCUGAAGCUCCAAAACCUGCAGCUGUAGCACUUAACCGUUUUAUGGUGUCACGAUUCUCUAUCACACACGUCUCCGACUCCCACGUGGGCUCAGCAACAGGGAACAGUGAAGAAAGCCCGAAAGAUUAAUCGCAACACGGCGCCGACUGGAGGAGGACGGGUCCUGGUCCUUCUCGACACAGAAAAAGCAGCAUUAUUAUUAUAUCUAGAUGUUUUACAGAGUUUUAUUUUUUAUCAACGUGUGGGGCAUCUGACCCUGGUGACCCUUUAUGAGACAGUGCCUCAUGUUGUAGUGAAAGACCCUCAAUGAUUUGCACAUUUCUUUUAGUUUUUUUUUAUUUUGUGGAGAAAGAGAUAGCUGCUGGUGAGACAACAAAAUCAGAUCAUAUUGUUUGCAGAAAUAGAAAUCAUCAGUUUAUUAGUUCAACACACAGUAUAUGACGAUAACUCCUUUGCUUGAUGCAGCAUCGACUUCUGUUGGUGACCUUACAGGUAAUUUAAUUUGUGAAUUUAAAAGAAAAUAAAUGAAGAUAAAUGGAGAAGAAAAAUGAAAUUCAUAGCUGCUCCCCGUCAUUGGCUGCCUUGGUCCACCUGCUUACCAUCGAUCUGGCAUUUUUAAAGACUGUUACGACUCUCAUUGUUGGAGCCAGAGAACAAUGCUUGAUGACUUUUGCUUAAGAAUUUCCCAACACAAAAUCAGACUUUAUUUCAGCCGUGGGUGGUGGUGAUGGUGUUUUGAAGAUGGAGAUGCUGAAACUUAAUUUGUCCCUUAUUAAUCCAAGUCAUAUCCAAAUCAUAUUGAUGGUGGAUUCGGUGUGCUAUGUUAAAGAAAUCAAGGUGUUGCCGCUCCCUAUAAUUAUCACCACCACUCACUCUGGUUAAUGAUGACCUACAGUAUAUGUCUACAGUGAUCAUAUCUGUCUGAAGCACUUUGUAUAGCCAAGCUGGGUCUUUAUUUGUAGAAGUGUGUUGCUCUUCAUCAUCCCCCCCCAUCCUGGAAUGAAAUAUCUAAAACAUGUGUCGUUCCUUAUUUGUGUCCACAGUGCCAGCUACAGGUUUAUUUUAUUGCAUAUUAGCUUUGUUUAUAUGACAUUUCAUCAGCAAUAGAGUGACAACCAAAGGGAUACAGAGGUGUUGCAACACAACAGAGCGGUGUCAUGUCAUAAAUGUUGAAUGUCAUCUUUAUGCAUCUUUUUUCUACGUAUCGUCCAUAGUGUCAUACAUAAUGUAUUCUAUUACAUUUGUGCUGAAUGCCCGGGUCUGAGGUGUACAAAAACAAACAAAAAAAAAGACAUUCAAAAUAUCUCACAUAAUUGUAUGAAUGUUUUCUCGACAUGUAGCAGGUAGCUUGACUUGAAUUACUACUGCUGUAUCGGCGGCUCCCUCCCCCUCUCUACCCUUCUGUAGCUCAAAGUGCCAAUUCAGUUUCCUCUCACCUUGCCUUUUAAGUCCCUGCAAGAAGAGAAAACUAGUAUUUUUGUACGAUUUGAAAAGACGCAAACCAGGAUGACGGUCUCUAAAAUUUGCCAAAGAGAUAUUACAAAGCCUAUUGGCUAAAAGUGGCAGACACCUUUUGGAGAAGGUGAGGUGGGUUGCUCUGUGCACCGGUAGUAACAUCAUUGCUGUUUCCAUUUCCCCCUCCCUUUCCUCACUCAUUGCUAUUGUACUAUCCCAAACAAAUAAAUCCAAAUACUUUUUUUCCCUUCUUGUGUCUGUGAUAUUGACGUGGAAGAAGUGCAAACAAGAACACAUGAAAACACGACAACACAACACAUAAAAAGUGUGACGUUUCUGCCCAUUUAGAUUUAUUUUGGACAAGAUAAUUUAUAUGCACUUUCUGUACAGUACAGAUAUAAUACAAACGGGGACAAAAAAAA